ACAACACACACGAGGAAGCACAAAACAAACAGAUAUUCCUCUUCCACAGUCGGCGAAUUUUCCUCGUUUGGUUUUGCUACCUUUCCCUCACUGUCCCGCUUAAGGCUUAACCCACAACCACACCUAAAAGAUUGACAUGGGUUUGUUGGAUUCCUUCCUCAAUUGGCUUCGGAGCUUAUUCUUUAAACAGGAAAUGGAACUUUCACUAGUUGGGCUUCAGAACGCAGGAAAGACAUCUCUUCUAAAUGCCAUUGCUACAGGGGGGUACAGUGAGGACAUGAUUCCAACCGUUGGAUUCAACAUGCGCAAGGUAACCAAGGGAAACGUGACAAUUAAGGUUUGGGACCUUGGGGGACAACGAAGGUUCCGCACCAUGUGGGAGCGUUACUGUCGUGGGGUCUCUGUAAUUGUGUAUGUAGUCGAUGCUGCUGACAGAGACAGCGUUCCAAUAUCUCGAAGUGAGCUACAUGACCUUUUGAUGAAACCUUCCUUGAAUGGAAUUCCCUUACUUGUUCUUGGCAACAAAAUCGACAAGUCUGAGGCUCUUUCGAAGCAAGCAUUGGUUGAACAGCUGGGCCUUGAUUCAAUCACGGACAAAGAGGUAUGUUGCUACAUGAUCUCAUGCAAGGAUUCCAUAAACAUAGAUGUUGUGAUUGAUUGGCUUAUCAAACACUCGAAAGCAGCAACCUGAUCUAUGAGUGAGCCUUCUCUGGCGUUUGAAGAACAUAGUUUGGAAGGUGGAUUGAUGAAACAUUGAGAUUAUGUCCAUGAUAUUAGAAUUUAGCUGUUCUCCAAAAAGAUUGAUCUGUAUAUUCAAGUCUGUCAUUGUUUUUUUUUUUUCCUUUCCUUCAUCGUCCCUCUUGAAGUCUGUUUUACGGUUUUACCUGGAUGGUUUUUACGUGAAAGUCCCCUGGCAUGUUAGUUUCAAAUUAUGUUUGUACUUCAUGUUGGAGCCAGGUUGCCAAAGCUACAGAGGUGUGACUUAUAAUGGCUUUUAUGCCAGGGAAGUGUUUUGGAAUUGAGCUCAUUUCAUGAACGCUUUAUCACUAAGAAACUUUUUGCA